UUGCUAGAGAACAUGGACAAGGAUAGAAUCAAAAGGAUCGUAAGGUUGAAACCUCCAACUGAAGUCUGAAGCGGAAUCUCCUCACCCCCUCUUAUCUAUUGAAGGAGGACAGUUGGGUCAAGGCUGUGUAUCAUUUUUGCAUCUCAUGGUGGAAAGAGAGAUUUGUUUGGCAGUUCUCAUGAUGCAUCUGGUGGAAAUGCUGUUCCAGCAAGACCUAACCUUGAUAGGAUCAGGCAUGAAGCAACUGAUAGUGGCCGUGGGAGGCAUAUCCCAGUCAGGAGGCAACCAUUUUCCCCCGAAGAAGGAUUUAACAAGCCAUUUGUUGGAAGGCAUUUUGAUGACCACUACUUUUAUAAAGACAGUUCACAUGGGAUAAAACGACCAUUUUUCAUGACAGCAAGCUGGACUUCAUUUAAAUUUCUUUUUUUGUUGAAGUAUUAUUGUUUUGAGAUUUC